UUCUCUCUUCUUUUACUGCAGAAAUUAAUGGAAAAACUGGACCUCAAUGGGGAUGGCAUAAUUACAUUUGGGGAGUAUAAAGUUGCACUCAACAUAUCAAGUCAGCCAUUGGAAACGUGGAAGCAGCUGUUUAAAUCCAUUGACAAAGACGGAAGCGGAACAUUAAGUGCCGAGGAGUUGAAGGACUUUCUUCGGCGAACGGGCUCCGAGGACUUGCAAGAUAGCGUGUAUGCCUGGAUGAAAGUCUAUGACACAAAUAAGGACGGCCAACUAAACUAUCAGGAAUUUUUGGGAUAUAUCGCAUCUCUUGAGGAGUGA